AGCGGAGGCGGAGGAUGCGGAGGGAAAGGAGGACAGCGAGGCAGAAGAGCAAGAUGGCGUCGAGGGGGAGGAGGAGAUGGAGGCUGAGUUCACCUUAGAGGAGUUGGGGGACUUGCUCGAGGAGGGUGACGAUCUGGAAGCGGAAGUAGGACAGGCGGACGACUCGGACCCCGAAGACUAUGACACUGAGGGGUCUUAUGGAGCUCGGGAUUCAGCCAGUGAGAGUGAUGUAGAUGGCGA